UGCUUUGAAGCAGCCGGUAGCCAUCUUGAAGCGGAAAGUACAAUCACGAUUCGAAUCCUUCAAUAACUCCUUAUUCCUUUAUUCCUUGGUUACCAGAUCAACAUGCCAAAGUGUCCAAGAUGCCAAAAAGAAGUUUAUUUUGCUGAGAAAGUUUCUUCUCUUGGUAAAGAUUGGCAUCGUCCGUGCCUCCGAUGUGAAAAGUGUAAUAAAACAUUGUCUUCUGGAGGUCAUGCAGAGCAUGAUGGCAAGCCAUACUGCAACAUUCCAUGCUACAGUGCUUUGUUUGGACCCAAGGGUUUUGGCCAUGGCGGCACUGAAUCACAUGCAUAUCAACCCAAAGCCAAGAUGCCUAAAUGCCCAAAUUGCAACAAAGAGGUCUACUUUGCUGAAAAGGUGACCUCCUUGGGAAAGGACUGGCACCGACCAUGCCUGAAAUGCGAGAAAUGCAAGAAGACAUUGUCUGCUGGAAGUCAUGCUGAGAAAAAUGGAAAGCCAUACUGCCACAAACCAUGCUAUGCAGCUCUCUUUGGCCCUGGAGGAUUUGGUCAUGGUGGAACAGAAUCUCACAAAUACUGAUCCAUUUCUUCUAUAACCCUGAUCUCCAAGUGACUGCAUGGAUUGAUAUCAUUUAUUGUGAUAAUUAUGUAAAAAAACUGAGAUAGCUUACAAAAUGACUAUUAAAAUGCAUUCUACUUAGA